UAACCUCUUUCCCUUUGUUUUAGUCUUUGGAGGAUUGUCCUCUGGAUGAAGAUGAAGAUGCAUUUCAGGGCCUGGGAGAGGAAGAUGAAGAGAUCGAUCAAUUCAACGACGAUACAUUUGGGUCAGGUGCAGUUGAUGAUGACUGGCAAGAAGCCCAUGAGCGCCUGGCUGAAUUGGAAGAGAAGCUGCCUGUGGCCGUUAGUGAACAAACAGGCAAUGGAGGAAGGGAUGAGAUGGACUUGUUGGGUGACCAUGAGGAGAAUCUGGCAGAAAGGCUCAGUAAGAUGGUGAUCGAAAAUGAACUAGAAGAUCCAGCUAUCAUGAGGGCAGUGCAGACCAGGCCAGUGUUGCAACCCCAACCAGGAAGUCUCAAUUCCAGCAUCUGGGAUGGAUCUGAAGUUCUGAGGCGAAUCCGAGGACCACUGCUUGCUCAGGAAAUGCCUACAGUGUCUAUAUUAGAAUAUGCCUUGCCUCAGAGGCCUGCACAGGGCCCAGAAGAUGAUCGGGACCUUUCUGAGCGUGCGUUACCGAGGCGGUCCACGUCGCCUGUCAUUGGGAGUCCUCCUGUUAGAGCUGUCCCCAUAGGCACCCCACCUAAGCAGAUGGCUGUACCCAGCUUCAACCAGCAGAUUCUGUGUCCGAAACCUGUCCAUGUUCGGCCCCCGAUGCCACCGCGGUAUCCUGCUCCCUAUGGUGAGAGGAUGUCUCCGAACCAGCUCUGCAGUGUCCCGAAUUCUUCCCUACUGGGUCACCCUUUCCCCGCUAGUGUUCCUCCUGUUCUCAGUCCCCUCCAGAGAGCACAGCUUCUUGGAGGAGCACAGCUACAGCCUGGACGAAUGUCUCCCAGCCAGUUUGCACGGGUCCCUGGAUUUGUUGGCAGUCCGCUGGCUGCCAUGAAUCCCAAGCUGCUGCAAGGGCGAGUUGGGCAGAUGCUUCCCCCAGCACCAGGCUUCCGUGCCUUCUUCAGUGCUCCACCCCCUGCUACACCGCCUCCUCCGCAGCACCCCCCUGGCCCAGGACCUCACCUGCAAAACCUGAGAGCUCAGGCCCCAAUGUUUAGACCAGACACAACUCACCUUCAUCCACAGCACCGUCGACUCUUACAUCAGAGACAGCAACAGAACAGAAAUCAGCAUCGGAAUCUCAAUGGUGCGGGAGACAGAGGAAGUCACCGGAGCAGCCAUCAGGAUCAUCUCCGGAAGGAUCCAUAUGCCAAUCUCAUGUUGCAGCGAGAGAAGGAUUGGGUCUCUAAAAUCCAAAUGAUGCAACUGCAAAGCACUGAUCCCUACCUGGAUGACUUUUAUUACCAGAAUUACUUUGAAAAACUGGAGAAACUGUCAGCUGCUGAAGAAGUGCAAGGCGAUGGCCCUAAAAAGGAGCGCACCAAGCUCAUUACCCCUCAGGUGGCCAGACUGGAGCACGCCUAUAAGCCAGUGCAGUUUGAGGGCUCUUUGGGAAAGCUUACUGUCUCUAGUGUGAAUAACCCCCGAAAAAUGAUUGAUGCUGUUGUGACAUCUCGGAGUGAGGAUGAUGAGACAAAAGAAAAACAGGUUCGGGACAAAAGACGAAAAACCCUUGUCAUAAUUGAGAAAACCUAUAGUCUCCUCCUCGACGUGGAGGAUUAUGAAAGGCGUUACCUCCUAAGUCUGGAAGAAGAGCGACCUGCUCUGACGGAUGAAAGAAAGCACAAAAUUUGUAGCAUGUAUGACAACUUAAGAGGGAAAUUGCCUGGACAAGAGAGGCCGAGUGAUGACCACUUUGUACAGAUCAUGUGUAUCCGAAAAGGGAAGAGGAUGGUUGCCCGUAUUCUUCCUUUCCUCUCCACAGAGCAAGCAGCUGACAUUCUCAUGACAACAGCCAGGAACCUCCCUUUCCUUAUCAAGAAAGAUGCACAAGACGAGGUGCUGCCAUGCUUAUUGAGUCCCUUCUCCCUCCUCCUCUAUCAUCUUCCGUCAGUGACCGUCACCAGCCUUCUGCAACAGCUAAUGAACCUACCUCAGAGUGCAGCUGCACCAGCGCCCUCCAAUCCUCACCUCACUGCUGUGCUCCAGAACAAGUUCGGCCUGUCGCUGCUCCUUGUCGUCCUGAGCCGCGGGGAAGACCUGCAGAGUUCAGACCCCACGACAGAAUCAACGCAGAGCAACCAGUGGACGGAGGUGAUGUUCAUGGCAACCCGAGAACUUCUGCGGAUUCCCCAGGCAGCCCUGGCCAAGCCAAUCUCUAUCCCCACAAACCUAGUGUCCCUCUUCUCUCGUUAUGUUGACCGACAGAAACUGAACUUGCUGGAGACAAAACUGCAGCUAGUUCAGGGGAUACGAUAAAAGACCUCCACGCGUGUCCUGUUCGUCCUUCUGGCUGCCGCCUGCACUGCUGCCGUCACCGAUGGAGUGUUGAUUUUAAUGAGGGAGGGAAGGUAGCUUAUUCCCCCUAAGCGUCCUGUUCACAGGGGUGGUCUCUGAAUGCCAGGUGUUUCCCCUCUGCUCUGGGAGUUUGGCUGGGUGGUACUUCUACUGUUUUCUUCUUACCGUCUAUGUUACAAUUCUGCAUGUCCUGCUUUUACUCGAUUCUUCUCAAUUUUGCAUUUUCUUUGCCCUAGAGACACAAAU